AUGUCUACAUUUUCGAGCAACCGCUUCGACGCCUUGUUGGGUGGUGAAGAAGGCGAAACGGAUAAGCUCGGCAACACCAAACCUCUUAAAAAAUCAGAAGAGCCGCCACGUACGCGCCGUGAAGCGAUGAAUCGCAAACCACACACUCGUGUUGCUGUAUCACCUCCCUCUCGACGUGGACGUGAUCGUGAAGCUGGUAGUGGUGGUGGUGACGCACUUGACACUGGCAGCCAACAAUCGGGUGGACCAGCCUUUUCUAAUCGCACUGAUGAACGACCUCGUCGUGGCAGAAAAUUUGAUCGCCACAGUGGCACCGGCUUUGUGGAUAGCGAAAAGAAGAUCAAUCAAGGUUGGGGUCACGCUGAGACAGCUCAAGAAGAUGCUGAAAGUGACAUGCCUACUGCUGAUGAUCCAGCUGGUGAAGGCACUGGUGGUGGAUCGGGUACCGCCACACCUGCGGAACCCAAUUACAAGACGUUGGACGAAUACAAAUCUGAAGAGCCUGGUUUGGAAGAACGUUUCAGACGCUUAAAUGCCCGUCCUGCCAACGAGGGUACUGAUGAAUCACAAUGGAAGAAUGCUGUGCCGCUUAGCCGUUCCAAAGAGGAUGACGCUUACUUCUUUACUUCUUCCAAGGAAAAGGAAUCCCAAAAGAAGAGCAAGGCAAAGAAAGAAAAGGUGUUUUUGCCAAUCGAACAUCCUCCACAUCGACCAGCUGGUCGUGGUGGUGAACGACGAGGUGGACGUGGAGGUCGUGGUGGACGUGGACGUGGUGGACGUGGAGGUCGUGGACGUGGAGGUCGUGAGUUUGCUAACGUCAAUCUUUCGGAUGCAAACGCAUUCCCCACCCUUGGAGCAUAA